GCUAUCUGUGACCUUUCUUCACAAUAUAAAAUAGAUGAUUAUUAUUCUAAUAAAUAUGAAUUACAUCUAAGUGACAUCUUACCCUUCCUACCUUAGAACAGUGUUUCUCAACUCCAGUUCUCAUGGACCCCCAACAGGUCAUGUUUUCAGGAUUUCCCUCAGAUGAAACAGCUGUGGUAAUUACUAAGGCAGUGAAACUGAUCAAAUCACCUGUGCAAAAUAAUGGAAAUCCUGAAAACAUGACCUGUUGGGGGUCCAUGAGGACUGGAAUUGAGAAACACUGCCUUAGAAUGAGUGAUGAUGGGCAUUAAA